UUAAUUAAUCAAGGUGAAUUGACAAUUGUUUUAUAUAAAUUAUUUUAUUAUUAUCUAUUUUAUAAUGAAGUUUGUAUAUACAAUAAUUUUAAUAGUUUAUACAAUAUCUAAAACAAAUGGCCAUGGUUAUAUAGCUGAUCCACCAUCCCGGUCAAGCGCCUGGAGGUUUGGAUUCAAAACACCUAAAAACUAUAACGACAACCAAUUAUUUUGUGGAGGAUUUGAUAAUCAAUGGAAAGUAAACAAUGGAAAGUGUGGGAUAUGUGGUGAUCCAUAUCAGGGACCGUUGGAUAAUGAACUUCCUAACGGUAUAUACGCCAAAAAUUUAGUCAUUACUCGAUCGUACAAAACUGGACAACAAAUAAAUACAGUGAUAAACAUUACGGCCAAUCAUAUGGGCUUUUUUCAACUCAAACUUUGUCCGACAACUUCUAUGAAUAAAGAGGUCACUCAGAAAUGUCUCGAUAGUCAUACUCUUGAAAUUGUAGGUUCAAAAGAUAAAUAUAAAUACAACGUUCCCGGAGAAAAACCUAAAGUAUAUACCAUUCCUACUCUUUUACCAAAAGGACUGACAUGUAAACGAUGUGUGAUUCAGUGGACAUACACUGCGGGAAAUUCAUGGGGUCAGUGUCCAGAUGGACAUUACGCUGAAGGUUGCGGACCACAGGAAACGUUCAGAGGCUGUGCCGACGUUACCAUUCAUUAA